UAGGUGGUGGCACCUGAGAAAACAGUGCAGCGGCCAGCUGUGCCGGGUGGAGAAUGUGGGCAGAACAGCAGAGGGGGAUUCAUGUCAAUCAGGCGGAGUUGCUUUGUAAAGAGGGUUGCGGUUACUAUGGUAACUCUGCCUGGCAGGGGUACUGCUCCAAGUGCUGGCGGGAGAGAAUCAGGAAGUCAGACACAGAGCGGCUGAGUAACGGUGUGUACAGCGAUGCUGCCUCCUCUCUCACAUUUGCGAAGUUUGAGGAGAAGAAGAGUUUGGAGAAGAGUCGACGGGUCAGCACUGUGAGGAGGUUCCUCUGGGGGACAGCGUCUCCACCUAAAGCCGCAGAAUGCUCAGAGGGGAAGGAGGUGGGGCUGAAGCCUUUUGAGAAUUUAGAACCUGGAGAUUUCACCAGUUUUCUCAAACUCCUGCGUCAGCCGUCAGCGCAACGUCUGCAGUCCCGUAUCACUGCCUUCCUCAACACCAUCCAGGCCUAUCACCAUUUGCCGGUUGAGAAGCAGUCAGACCUGGUGCAGGAUUUCUACCAGAAUAUUGCGUCUUAUUUCAGCAGUAGUAUGCCAGAGACUCAGGUGUCCCAGAUGAUGGAGCACAUAGAGAAACUAAUAAUGACACGUCUCCAUAAGUGGGUCUUCUGUCACGACUCCUGUGAUGAUGAGCAGAGAGACCUGCUCCUCCAGAGGAGAAUCAAGUCACUGAACUGGGUCACUCCACAGAUGCUACAUGUGCCCUUCACACAGGCUGGGUCAGAGGUCAGCGACCCCUACUUGCUUGCUAUCACAGCUAUCAUUGAGAUGGAUGCAAAGCGAGCCCCUCAGGACAAGCUGACCUGCGUGUGUAAGUGCAGUCACAACGUUUUCCAGGCUUUGGCCUCAUCCAGCACAGAGCCGGCAAAUGCCGACGAUUUCCUGUCUGCUCUGAUUUAUGUUGUACUGAGAGCGAACCCUCCACGCCUUCACUCCAACCUGCAGUACAUAAUCCGCUUUGGCCUGCCUCACAGCCUGAUGGCCGGGGAGAGCGGCUACUACUUCACCAACCUGUCCUGUGCUGUCGCCUUCAUUGAGAGGCUUGAUGGUCCAGCGCUCAACCUCAGCUCAGAGGAAUUUGACAGCUACAUGCAAGGCCGUAAAGUGUCCUCCCAGCCACCAGAGGACAGUGAAGGACAAAAGAAAGCCAGGGAGAAUCGCAAGAAACUGGAAGACUUGAAAAACCGCCAAGAGAAAUUAGACCAAGGAGUACGAACCCUCCAAGACCAGCUACAGCAGUGGAUGCAGUCUGUGCAGCUGCAAAUGGACGAAUUCACAGCCCAGUCUGCGCUAGCGCUGAAUGAUGAUGUCAUCACACAGACCGCAGGCAGUGUAAGUGAUGAUGUCAUCACUCAGGCCGUAGCCAGUGUUAGUGACGAGGCAGCGCUGGUCAUUAAGGAUGAUGUGACAGAAGACAAUGCAGAGACUGUGUGUUAGAUGGUGUGUGUGGUGCACUCCAACACUGUUGCCAUAGUUACACAUGGGGUGGAUUCCAAGUGGG